GGAAUACAAACGGCUAUCGGUUAGUAUUCACAGAAGGUCAAGGUUCAGUGACAAUGACAAUGUAGCCAUGGCCAUCGAAUACGACUCCAAGGCCCUUUGGAUUGUCUCAGCAUAUAUGGCACACGAUCACGGUGCCACUCCGCCACAGGACUCCCUCAAGCUUCUGGUGUCAGAGGCAAAUAACAGGAGGAUCCCGGUGAUCAUAGGAGCUGACGCCAACGCACAUCAUGAGAUGUGGGGUAGCACAGAUACAAACGCGAGAGGUGAGUGUUUAUUUGAUUUCAUUCUUGCAGGAAACUUGGUGAUCGCUAACAUAGGUAGGGAGCCAACCUUCAUGAACUCAAUUAGAAGGGAAGUUCUUGAUAUCACCAUGAUAAGCGAGCACUUCUCUUAUUUUAUUACUAAGUGGUCCGUAUCGCAAGAUUGCUCCUUUUCUGACCAUAGGUACAUUAAUUUUGAUCUAAAUUUUGUGGAGAACCCUGAAAUGAACAGAUCAUCUAAACCAAUAAAUAGGAAACGUACUGUAUGGCCCAUUUUUCGAGCCAACCUGGAAUCCAACUUACAGUUGGACCCUCCCACUAUUCUCAACUGUUCCGAUAUAGAUCGAGCGGUUGACCUUCUCACAUCAGCAUUUAGAUGCGCCACAAAUGCGGCCUGCAAGCCACCCGAAUUUAGAGGCAAACCCAAACCUCCAUGGUGGAACUUGAAUAUUGCAGACCUCCGAAAAACCUGUACAAAACUUUUUAACGAUGCUAAAUCAACAGGCGGGCCAAAAGGGCAGCUUGGAAAAAUUUCUGUGGCAACAUAG